CUCACAAGCAGCGGCGCGGAAAUGUCAGUGCCUUGCAAACACCCAUCCAGCCAUGCGUCGACGGCGAUCAGACGAGCUUCCGCGACUUGAGAAGAAGCUGGCAUGGCCGUCAUUCCGCAUGCGCCGUCAAUACGUGUACUACAUCAUCGGCUUUGUAUUCGCAUGUUGGGUGCUGUACCCAACCCACAAGCCCGUACCCGAGACGGUUGGUGUCGUCAAGAUCAACUGGUCAAACUAUGCAUACAGCGUCUAUGCAACCGAUAGCGCAUCGCUCUGUCACGCCGUGAUGGUGCUCGAUGCGCUUGGUCGGUUUGGUAGCAAGGCGGACCGUGUUCUCUUUUACCCUGAGCAUUGGGACACGACUGUAGAGAGCUCCAGAGACCGAGACAGUCAGCUGCUCAAUUUGGCACGCGAUGUCUACAAAGCCAAGCUGUAUCCUGUCAAACCGCUUCAGGUCGCCGGUCGAACAGAGACUGAGUGGCUAUGGGAUGAAACAGUUACCAAGCUGAUGGCUUUUUCUCUCGAGUACUACGACCGUGUCAUCUCUCUGGAUUCAGACAUUACGCUUCUCAGCCCUCUCGAUGAGCUCUUUCUCCUCCCUCCUACGCCAAUAGCCAUGCCGCGUGCAUACUGGACCGACAGCAAGCCCUGGCCAUUGUCGACGAAGCUUAUGGUGAUUCAACCUAAUGCGAAACAGCUGGAAAAAUUCAAAAUACUCAUGGAAGGCGGUGGUGACAGCAUGCUGGUCAGGAUGCAUCGAUACGACAUGGAGAUUUUGAACGAACGAUAUGAGGAGAGUGCGUUGGUUUUGCCACACCGCCCGUAUGCUCUUCGCACGGCAGAGUUCCGAAAGCAUGAGCAUGCAGACUACUUGGGUGACGCCGACGAGAAAUGGGAUGCCGAGAAAGUUUACAAAGAAGCCAAAGUCAUACAUUUUAGCGACCAUCCAUUGCCACCGCCAUGGUUCACAUGGCCUGGCGGCAGUGUCUCGGAGAUGCAACCCGACUGCAGGGGGAACGGCGAAGGAAGCUGCGCUGAAAGACGGAUAUGGACGGGUUUGUACCAAGAUUUUCAGAACCGUCGCAGGGACGUCUGCAAACUACUGAGCGUUCCCGCGGCCCCAUGGGCUUUGCUCAAGCAGCAGGCGGGAUUCAAUACGACAAGUACCGAGCAUGUUGCGCCUCAAGCGUCCAGCUGAAUGAUUGCACUUGCGAUGAUGCAAUAGUACUUGAGCGUAAGGGCUCCGCGGUGCUCCGAUCGUAUAAUUGGACUCGGCCCACAUAGUAAGCAGGCAUACACGGAGGUAACUUUAUCAAAGGUAAAAACAAAUGCCACGGAUGUCGAGAGCCAAUCACUUGGACUAUGAGGACAUUUCUUACAGCAUAGAUUAACGGCACUGGUGACACGAAUACUCAAUCGAGUCAGCUAGGCGGUAUACAUACACCUACUCGCA